AUGUCGUCAGACGAAGAAGGUGCGGCUGCUCCCAGGGCAGGAGUUAGCCAUGAUGAGGACGGCUCAACUGCUUCACUGAAUGGUGAUGGAGGUAACCCAUUGUCUCCUAAUGUAGUAGCUGAUGUACAGCUAGCGCUUAGAGACCAGUUCAUUGAAGGUGUGCGCGACUCCACCCUUCGGCGUGAGUUGCGUAAACUUAUUAGAGAGAAGCCUGAGUCUAACCUGUUUGAUGUUCGAGAGGAGGCACUGAUGUGGACCCUUGAAGAUCGGCCGCGUGGUACUAAUGUGGCGAGAAACAGAAAUCUCAUAGGCGGCAGCCUGGAUGAAGGUUCACGAAAAGCAGACUCGCCCAACAAUGAUGACAGCAAAGAGACAGAUCCAUCUCCACCUGGCAUUAUUGGAAUGAACAUUGCUAAACGGUGCAGACAGUUGGUACUUGCCGAGUUCGACACUGCUCUUGGGGGGGAGUUGGAUUCUGCCUGGAGAGAGGCUUUUCAGCGGGUACAGGAGGCAGAGCUUGUGGAAAAGAUGUCCACGGCUCGCAUAGCCGGCCAGCAAAAAGUGCAUGUGCCUGCUUUGUCAGUAGCCACAGUCUAUGCAAGGGGACUGAAGAGACAGUCUGAUGGUGACACUACUAUGCUGCUGGAGCCAGGAAACGCUCCACUGCCUGGUGGAUUGGUGGUUGUCCCUACUGUAGUGUCAUCUAACAGUCAGGUGUUCCCAGUCCAGGUAAUUAACUUUUCCCAGGAAGAUGUUUGGUUGCCCCCUAAAACUAGGCUAGGUGUUCUCAGCCAGUGUGAGUGUGUUGAGGGAGACCCCUAUGAGGUGAAGUUUCAGCGUAUUUCUGCUAACCAUGAAGAAGUGACUAUUAACCGGAAAGACAGCCAAAGUUCUGACAGUGACAUAAAGAGCUUACUGGACCGCCUGCACAUAGGAGGCAGCCCUGAGCAGCAGGCAGAGCUGGGAGCUCUCCUCAGGAAGUAUGCAGAUGUGUUUGCAGUCAAUGAUGAGGAUCUGGGCUAUACUGAUAGGGUGAAACAUGAAAUCCCCGUGGUGGACGAUGUGCCGGUCUCUCAACCUUACCGGCGUAUACCACCUAACCAGUAUAAAGAGGUCAGGGAGCAUAUUUCUGAACUGUUGAAAAAAGGGGUGAUUCAAGAGAGCUCCAGCCCCUAUGCGUCACCAGUUGUUCUUGUGCGCAAGUCUGAUGGAAGCCUGAGACUAUGCGUAGACUACAGGAGGCUGAACUCAAAGACCAGGCGUGACGCAUUUCCACUUCCACGCAUUGAUGAAAGUCUGGAUGCUCUGUGUGAUGCAAAAUUCUUCUCAACCAUCGACCUCGCAAGCGGAUACCAUCAAGUUGCAGUACAUGAGAAGGAUAGGAACAAAACAGCGUUCACCACGCCAUUCGGCCUGUAUGAAUAUCUGAGAAUGCCUUUUGGGCUAUGUAACGCGCCGGCAACGUUCCAACGCCUGAUGCAGGCUACAAUGAGUGAUCUGGUCUUUCAAAUUGUGUUGGUCUAUUUGGAUGACCUGCUUGUGUUUUCAUCGACGUUCAGUGAUCACUUGGUGAGGCUUGAGACAGUCCUUAAGAGGUUAAGGAAGACAGGGCUAAAAGUCAAAAUGGAGAAGUGUCAUUUUCUCCAGCCUGAGGUCAGGUUUUUGGGUCAUCAAGUCUCGGCUCAGGGCAUAGGUACCGAUCCUGACAAAGUAAGUGCAGUGAAACAGUGGCCCAUCCCUAGGACUGUAAAGGAGCUUAGGUCUUUUCUGGGCUUUUGCAGUUACUAUAGGAGGUUUAUAGAGGGCUUUUCCCAAAUCGCAGGACCUCUUCAUGAUGUUGUAAAUGCCUGUGUCAGAGAGACCUGGACACCGCAGUGUCUGCUAGCUUUUGAGCAGCUUAAGGAGAAGCUGACAGGUGCCCCCACACUCGGCUAUGCAGACUUUUCCCAGCCUUUUAUACUAGAGACAGAUGCUAGCAGCCUAGGUUUAGGUGCAGUCCUGUACCAAGAGCAGGGAGGUAGGAAGAAAGUCAUAGCCUAUGCGAGCAGGAGACUCAGAGGGGCUGAGAAGAAUGAUCAAAACUACAGUAGUAUGAAGCUGGAGCUUCUUGCGCUCAAGUGGGCGGUCACAGAGAAGUUUAGGGGUUAUCUUUUAGGGUCCAAGUUCACCAUCAUCACAGAUAACAACCCAUUAUGUCACCUCUCCACCGCCAAGCUUGGAGCCAUUGAACAGCGAUGGGUCGCUCAGUUGGCUGUAUUUGACUUUGAUGUUAAGUAUCGCCCCGGCCGAUGUAAUAAUGCAGCUGAUGCUCUCUCCCGGCAACCAGCAGCCAAUGAACCAGAACCUUACAGUGAAGAUGCAGAGUAUGAUGGAUGUAUAGCCAUAUGUAACACACUCAGGACAGGCACAGCUCUAGACCUGGACUUAAUUGCAGCAGGGGUUGAGUGUUGUCAGAUACGCCAGCUACGUGUAUCUAAGACAGCUACCCGCCCGCUGGAGGUGGUUGCUAUGGACUAUACCACACUUGAACGUGCCACGGAUGGUCGCGAGAAUGUACUCGUGAUAACUGAUGUUUUCACAAAGUUCAGCCAAGCUUUCGCCACGCGAGACCAGAAAGCAGACACGACUGCUAAAGUCAUCCUGAAGGAAUGGUUCAUGAAAUACGGGGUCCCAGAACGCCUGCACUCGGAUCAGGGCAGAAAUUUUGGAAGUGCAGUAAUUGCUGAGUUGUGCAAGUUGUAUGGGGUGAAGAAAACUCGCACGACGCCCUAUCACCCCCAAGGGAACCCACAGUGCGAGCGGUUCAAUAGAACCCUGCAUGACCUCUUGCGUGCGCUUCCCCCUGAAAAGAAACGGCGUUGGCCUGAACACCUUUCAGAGCUGGUGUAUGCAUAUAAUGUAACACCACACUCGACCACAGGCUAUUCGCCCUAUUAUCUACUGUUUGGAGUUCACCCACACCUUCCAGUUAAUGCCCUGUUAGGCCAAGAGCAGGUGGGGGAUGAGAGGCCUGACUGGUUAGCUGUGCACCAGGAGCGUUUGCGAGAGGCACAUGAGAGGGCAAGAAAGUGUGCUGAGAGGAAGGCUGCGGAGAGAGUGGCCCAGCAACAGGAGAAGGUAUACUGUCCACCUGUUGCCCUGGGACAGCUGGUGUAUCUCCGCCACCGUCCACCAGGAAGGAAUAAGAUCCAGGACGCCUGGGCAGCUACUGUGUAUAAAGUGGUUGACAUCCAAGGGACUACAUAUGCAGUGGAGCCACUGGAAGGAGGGCAAGUGAAAAGGGUGCAUAGGUCCAACUUGAGGCCCUGUGUGGAGCCUGUGCCGAUGGAGAGGCGUCGUCGCCGUGCAGCCUCUCAUGUGGAAGAGCCUACCCUAAGCCUGGAGUCAGACACGGAGUCUGUGGAAGAGGAGUUUGUGAUAGUGGAGGACGUCAGGUAUCCAACUGUCAAGGAGGUGGGAGGACUAGAAACCGAGGAUCCAAAUGUGAUAACUGAUGAGUCAGAGAGUGAGGAUGAUGUGGCUGGGAGUAUGGUGGGAGGUGAAGAUGUCCCCGGGCAAGAUGCCAGUGACACACUUCAUGACCCGGAGGCGAGACCCGUGCCUUGCCCUCACCCCACGCCAGAGAGUGAGUCCGAGAGCAACAGCAGGGAUACACAAAAACCCAUUCCACUUACCCAGGUCAGCCUGCAAUGCAGUGUCAAUUAG